AUCUUCUGUAUCCACGAACUACGUCAGCCCUCCCAACCUCCUGCAGGAUAUGAAUUGUCAAAAUCUCGUUCAGACCUUGAUAGAGUCUUUUAACGCCUUAGCCGAUGAAGUCCAAAACCUGAGUGACAGGCAAACGGUCUUGGAGCAUAAGCUCCGAUAUGCUCAUGAGCAAUUCCAGUAUCUAGCCGACAAAUAUGCCCCGGCGGCGUCUGAGAUCUCGGAGACCUUACUGAAUCUGCAAAUUCCUCCCGAAUUGCAUAAUCCGUCCUUAGCAAAUAACAGCUUCGUUCCGUUGCCUAAGAGGAAGGCAUCCGACUCGAAACAUCAGAUCGCCGUAAUCAUCAGGGAAGGGAGACGUGUCGCCUCGUCCCUGACAGCUACUAGCAAGAGCAGUCGUUCAAGUAGAGAUAGCGUCCCUCCCACGACUAUGACUACCCUUUCAACCAUCCUCGAGCAAGAUUUCACUGUCCAAGGGAAGAAGGGCAACUUGAACUGCCCGUUCUCUCAGCCGAAUCCCAACACGGAGGAGAAGCAGGAUAGUGUUCCUCAUGAUCAACCAAGCACGGUCCCGCACGAUUCUCAAGAUCCUAUCUGUGCAGCCAUGGUAGAUGAUCCUACCUCACAACCUGCAGCCUCUAAGUGCCCAAUUCGCUACCUGAAUCAGCACUCACCCGAAGAGAUCGCCCACUACCUAGAAACUCACAAGCAUGAGUUACCGAGGAGUCACGAGGUCUGCGUGAGGAGAUAUCAGAAGAACGAGGACCACAUCAAGAAGUUAGACGCCAAAUACGGCAAUCUUGCUAGUAUGGUUGAGGGUCUUAGUCGCAUUCAUCAACCCAUGUUACCCGAGCAGGAUACACGACCCCAGAGCGAGGUUGAAAGGACCUCGAACGAGCGCGUGGAGACCUGGGCCCAGACGGUCAGCGCGACAGUUACGGACGAUCCAGAACGUACCGUCCCAGAGCACGACGAAGAUUUGGAGAGACGAAGCCACUUCGACAGGCCCCUUAAGGAGGUCCGUGUGGGCGAGUCUCCGAGUCGCCCCUGGGGUAUCUCAGUGCCGGUCUUUGAUGCUCCGAUCAACGGCAAUGGGUUGGACCGACCUGAAUCUCCUCCCCCAGCCCCCGUCAAAAUUCCCUCAUCUCUAUCGCCGGAGCCAGACGGAACGGCGGCAAAGCAGCCUGGGAAAUGUCCAUUCGACCACACGAAAAUGGCGGGAAUGAUGAAUGGCUCGAGCCCUAUCAAACGCGAAGAUAAGAGUUCCAUCAGACUUGCCGAUAUCCCGACAAGCAGUCAGACUUCUAUUCCGGCGCAUGAGCCGCGUCUUGCAGCGAGCCAGCCUCCCCAACCUGCGUUUAUUAAUCCAACCGAGGCAGACUACCGCAAGCAAGACAACAGGCCACAGAUGCUCUUUACUGGUCCAGUUUUCAUCGGCUACCCCAUUGAGGAUGCAAUCCGGUUUAUGCAGAGCUUCCAGGGACAGCAGUGAUAUUCGUCGAGCUUGGCAUAACCUCGUAUGGGGCGAUUAGUUGGAUUCACAUGACGAGCAACGAGCCAAGUCUACUAUUUGCUAGAUCUUUCGACAUUAUUUUGCAGCCGAGCAAGGUGUUAGGUGGAAUUUGAAUAGACACGUUUGGUUUAUUCACCCAGGAAAUACGCUCUGAGGGGGUUGAGUCCUUACAUAACGAAAUGAAUUUGUAGCAGGCGUUUGUUAUUUACUGGUUAUGAAUAGCAUCAGUUGGGCGUUAGGAAAUGGGACAACGACAUGCACAGGACGGACGACAUGAUACCCCUCAAAGUAGGAAAUUGCUUUAGUUAAUAGUUGAUAAUGACCACAAGAUCAAUACCAAAAAUAUCGCAUUGCAAC